UUUUGCACCCAACACACAAGCAAAACAUUUAUAGUAUCAUAUCCACUACUUUCCUCAAGCUAAGCUACUCGCUAUAUAGUUUUUAUCUUCUCUAAUAUUUCAAUGGAUAUGGUCGGAAAGAUUGCAUGCGUCGUGGUUUUGUGCAUGGUGAUGACUGCACCAUAUGCAGAGGCGGCAUUUACCUGCGGCACGAUUCAGGGUGCCAUGCUUAGUUGCCUGCCUUAUACGCAAAAUCGUGGCCCUCUCGGAAACUGCUGUAACGUCAUUCAAGCUUUAGUGAGUGCAGCGAAAACCACACAGGAUCGUAGGACUGCAUGCACUUGUUUAAAAAAAGCUUACAGUGUUCUCAAAGGCAUUGAUUUGGGCAAAGUUGCUGGUAUCGGUGCUGCUUGUGGCGUCAACAUUCCCUUCAAGAUGAGCCUCUCCACUGACUGCAACAAGGUCCAGUAAGUUUCUUGGUUGAUGGUGGUAGCGCAAUCAUGUGGAGAAGAAUAAGAUGCAUGGAUCGAGUUUGAUCAUGUGCUGAAUUAUGGGUCGUGUCUGUUGUCUCUUUCUUUCUAUUUUCGAGUCUUGUAAUAAAACUUUGGGGUUGGUUGUAUUAUGAUACAAUCCAAUCUCGAUAUAUAAUACAUAUUCUACUAGUAUCUUAUUUAGUUCA